AUGCAUCUAUCGACUUUCGCCACUCCCAAAAAAAGAAAAUUUGCAAGUUUCAGAGUCAGGGAAGAUCUCAAAACAGAGGCAGCUGCUCUGAUUAGACAUGGCGCAAAUGAGGCAACACAGGAAUGUGCUGUGACGAAGAUGCCAAUAUUUUCAAGGGUAGUUUAUACAAGCCCUAAAUUAAUCAUGACGGCCUCACGACCACCGGGUUCUCCGCCUUUACGUCCGAAUUCUAGAACUCCAAGUUUAAGAAGUCAAUCCAUUUCGCAAUUCACACCGACACAUCCCAGCGGACUGAGGGAAUCCUAUACCAUUGCUACGAGUCCCGAGGCGACAAGACAUUUUGAAGAGGACGGCACAGAUGACGGGCGCGAUGAGAACUCGAGGAAUCACAACGAACAGCCUUUACCGCAUGCGCAUCCUACUCGCUCAGAUACCUCUGACAGUAUAAUUGAUGAAUUAGACGGUCACGCACAUGGACAAACUGGAUUUGGGGGAAAGAUUACAGAUGAGACGACUGCGUUACUGAGGAAGCCUCUUGAAAUGAUUGGUAAUGCCGCGCAUCCCGGACCUUGCAAUCAUGGAACCUUUAGCCCGAGGCUGGAAAGUCGUGCGGACAGUGUGAGGAGCUUUGGAGGUUCUGCGCCAAUAUCUCCAGAUGGUAAUGGAGAGGCUAGUGACGGGGUGAUUGGGGGUUUACUCAAAGGCUUAGGAGUGAGGAAUGGUUCGGUAGCAAAGCCAAAGAGGAUGAGCACGACAACUUGGCUCGCGGAACAACAUGGAAUUACCAACACUACUGGGAUGUACAUAAAUUACUACGUACCUUUUUUCACCUGGAUCCGACAAUACAGAUGGGUACAUCUUCGAGGCGACUUAAUAGCUGCUAUUACAAUGGCUUCGUUCUAUCUACCUAUGGCCCUCUCCUAUGCGGCGAAUCUCGCACAUGUUCCUCCGAUCAAUGGUCUCUACUCCUUUGUUUUUAAUCCACUUAUAUACGCUAUCCUUGGAAGCUGUCCGCAAAUGGUUGUAGGACCAGAGGCCGCAGGAAGUCUAUUAGUUGGCACAGUCGUAAAAUCUAGUGUUGAUGUAGGACACGGAGCAGAAGAAGAUGAUUUAAUGCACGCGAGAGUGGCUGGAAUUGUCACCGGUAUGGCAGGAGCAGUUAUUUUAAUUGCUGGUUUAACUCGUUUGGGAUUUCUGGAUAGUGUGUUGAGCAGACCAUUCCUACGCGGAUUUAUUUCUGCGGUUGGUUUUGUCAUUAUGGUCGAUCAAUUAAUACCGGAGAUGGGAUUGGCAGGGUUGGCGGAUGAAAUGGGAGGUGUCGCUCAUGGCAGUAGUGUUGACAAGUUAGGAUUUUUGUUUCGAAAUGCUGGUCAAGCGCAUAAGCUUACCUGUAUUGUCGCCGGAGUCAGUUUCAUUAUAAUCAUGAUCUUCAGAGAGUUAAAAAAGCGCCUACAACCUCGAUUCCCAAAUGUUGCAUAUAUACCCGAUAGAUUCCUGGUUGUGGUUAUUUCAGCCAUUCUAGCCUGGAAAUUUGAUUGGGAAAGUCUUGGCCUAGAGAUCCUCGGCGAGGUGAAAUCGACAGGGGGUGCCCCAUUUACUUUCAGAUGGCCAUUUCAGUUAUCUCACAUGAAGCAUGUUCGGGAAGCUAUGGGGACGUCAUUUUUGAUUGCACUCCUUGGCUUUUUCGAGUCAUCUGUGGCGGCGAAGAGUCUUGGUGGUGCAGAAGGGAAAGACAUGAUCCAAGGAAUACAACUAAGUCCGAAUCGAGAAUUGGUUGCACUUGGGGUUGCAAAUUUGGUUGGUGGUUGCUUUCAAGCAGUCCCAGCGUUUGGCGGGUAUGGAAGAAGUAAAGUCAAUGCUAGCACUGGGGGGAAAACUCCUAUGAGUAGCAUUUUCUUGAGUUUGUUAACCGUUAUCUGCAUUUUGUUCCUCUUACCUGCCUUCUAUUAUCUUCCGAAAGCGGUUCUCUCCUCAAUGAUUACGGUAGUCGCCUAUUCUCUAAUUGAGGAAGCUCCCCACGAUAUAGCAUUUUUUAUUCGAAUUCGUGGAUAUACUGAACUAGGCCUCAUGUUCAUUAUCUUUGCCUCCACCAUAUUUUACUCUCUUACCCUAGGUAUGGCCGUCGGAGUUGGUCUCUCCCUUCUCUCGGUCAUCAAACACUCUACUCGCCCUCGUAUCCAAAUUCUAGGUCGGAUCCCCGGUACCAAUCGCUUCGAGAACGCGGAGGAUAACCCUGAGAAAUUGGAGUUCAUCGAAGGCUGUCUUAUUGUUAAAAUUCCCGAACCUCUCACAUUUGCCAACACUGGUGAUCUUAAGAACCGGCUAAGGAGAUUAGAAUUAUAUGGCACAAAUAAUGCUCACCCUGCACUACCCCGCGUUCGUUCUCCUGAACACAACAGGAAUGUUAUUUUCGAUAUUCACGGUGUUACCGGACUUGAUGGUUCAGGUACACAGGUUUUAGAAGAAAUCGUAAGAGGUUAUAGAAAUAGAGGUGUUAGAGUAUUCUUUUCCCGUGCUCCUCAGGAAGGAACCCCUAUUUGGGAAUUAUUGGAUCGGAGUGGGAUUUUGGAAACUUGUGGGGGCAGAGCGCAUUUUCGUGAAGGAUGUGGGAGAAGCCCUUGA